AUGUACGAUAUAUCAAAUAUAUUCAAGAGAUGUAUAGAAGAGAAAAUAACAAUUCUUACAGGGAGAUCUAGUAGAGCAGAUAGAUCAUAACUUAAUUCAAGUAUGAUGAUGUCUAGAGUAAAGACAAAAGACAAUCACUAUCAAUUUAAUGAAUCUAACUCACUCAACAAAUAUGAUGUGGAAUUAUCUUACCAAACAGAAUUGGAAUACAAUCCUAAAUUCCUUAUUAAAAAUAGAGAAAAAAAAGAAAUAUUAUCUGAUUGUUCUGAGUGUUAUGAACUACCAAAGAUAUCAUUAUUAGAUCAACAACCAAUAAAAAAAUAUUCAAUGUGCAAUAGUUAACAUGAUUCAUCUGGAAUGACUUCAAGAAAAAAUACUUAUAAUAAAUAUAGAUCCUUUUCUAAUCGUUUAAAAGCAAUGAAAGUUGGUUAUCUUUCAUUAGAUCCAGACAGUACUUAUACUUAAGAGAUUUUCAAAUAACUAUCAAAUUCAAGCAUUUAUUAAGAAAUCACAAAACCUUAAGUAUACUAUAUAUCAAUACUUAGUUAGUCAAAUAUCUAACCAAGUAAUUAGGUAGUUAGGCCAGUGUUUAAAGAUUAAUUAACUUGAUGUAGUUGCCUUAUUCAAUUACUUAAGCAGUUUAUCGAUCUUUCUUACUUUAGAUUAGGGAGAUGAGUCAGCAAUGUAAUAAAUAUUCAAGAUUAUAGAAAUUAUCUAACUAGUCUUUAAUUGUUAUGAUUUAAUAUCUAAAACCUAUUUAAAUACAAGAGAUUUAUUUGAAUUAUUUAAAUCUGGAGGUGCAGCACAAAAAGAUGCAGAUAUAAUCUUUAAAUAUUUAAGAUUUUAGGCUAUUAGAAAUCCAUUUGAAUUGAAUAAUAAAAUCUCAAUAAAAAAGAAGGAUAAAAAUAAACAUUAAAAAUAAGUUGUUAUUACUAUGAUGAAAGAAAAGGCAAGACGAUUAUCUGAAAUAUAUGCUAGAAAACCAAAUUAGGAUAAGAAUGUUGUUACAGAAACAAUCUUUUUAGAAAUAUAUUAAAAUUCUAUUCCUGAAUUUUUUAAAUGUCUUGUCUAUAUAUUGGCCAAUUAUAAUUGUGAUUGA